CCAUCUGACAACACUCGCCUGUUUCCGCCCGUCUCGUUCUUAAGAUCAAUUCUAGGUUUCCCACCUUGAACAUAUUACGCAGCUGGCCAAGCCCACCGCUGCCGAAUUGCACUGUUAGGGAGCUCUGUCCAGACAAAACAUCAGUAAACCCUGCGGAAGACGGCCGGCUUUCCCGCGCGUUGGAGCGGCUUUCGGCCCACGCUGGCAGGUAGCCUCUCGAGAGGCGGGUAGGCGCAGGUGGUCAAACGCCUGCCCAUGGAGAAGGCCGCUGAGAAGGCACGUGAGGGCGACCUCGCCUACUUUGAGGCGCUGAGCCCUGAGGAGCUCACGCGGUUAUGUAAACGAAAGGACGAGGACGAGCGCUCGCUGCUCCACAACGCCGCCACGUCCGGCAACCUGGAGCUGUGCCAGCUGCUGCUGGGCCGCGGCGGCAGCGCGGAGGCGGUGAACGACCAGGACGAAGAGGGCUGGACGCCGCUGCAGUCGGCCGCCAGCUGCGGCCACGAGGCGGUGGUGGACCUGCUGCUGGCGGCGGGCGCGGACGUGGCGGCGGCCAACUCGGGCGGCCGCACCGCACUGCACUACGCGGCCAGCAAGGGGCGCGCGGCGGUGCUGCGGCAGCUGCUCAAGGCGGGUGCGGCGCCCAACGCGGCGGACUCGACUGGCAGCACGGCGCUGCACCGGGCGGCCAGCGCCGGCAAGACGGAGGCGGUGGCGGUGCUGGUGGAGCAGGGGCGGGCGGCGCUGGACCCGCAGGACAAGCAGGGCUGCACGCCGCUCUUCAUCGCGGUGCAGGUGGACGCGGCGCGGGUGGCCUUCUACCUGGCCUCAAAGGGAGCCGGACUGGAGGUGGCCAACAAGGAUGGCGAGACGCCGCUGUCCAUCGCGGGGGAGAACGCGGCGGCGCUCAAGUCGGCAGCAGCGCAACGCGGCGGCGGCAUGGAGGUGGAUUGAGUGGCGCCUGACGAUGAGCGACGGACGCGUGGGUGAGGAAGGGAGGACAUGGGGUGCGUGGUGAAGUUGAUGCGUGAUGAGGCCUCUUGACUAUUUCUAAGCUAAGGAGCUGCUUGUGACCCGGCAUGGAGUGAAUAAGGACAGCAGUGCAUGGCGCCAGUGCUGUGGUGCAUGCAGCGUUAUGAUGUUGGCCAUGAACGUGAGAUACCGGUAGUUGACAGGGCGUCAGAAUGCGCACGUGAACUGCUGUGUUGGCGAGUUCAGCUGUGGUUCCGCUCGCUGCUGGCGGCGCACUGGACGCCACGAGGUGGCUGUAACGGACACACUCG